GGAAGGAUGAGCUCCUAUGCAGACAUCUGCGGGUCCAAGCACGUGCAGGGCAGCACCGAGGGAGGAUACCAACGCUACGGGGUCCGGUCCUACCUGCAUCAGUUUUAUGAGGACUGUACAGCUUCAAUUUGGGAGUAUGAGGAUGAUUUUCAGAUCCAGAGAUCGCCUAGCAGGUGGAGCUCUACGUUCUGGAAGGUCGGACUCAUCUCUGGGACAGCUUUUAUGCUGAUAGGUUUAACGGUUCUUGUAGUGGGUUUUCUCGUGCCACCAAAAAUCGAAGCUCUUGGGAGAGAUGAUUUUGUGGUGGUGGAUACCCGUGCCGUUCAGUUUAACGGCUCCCUUGACAUAUGCAAGCUGGCAGGAGCCAUCUUGUUUUGCCUGGGAGGUUCCACCGUGGCAGCCUGCCUGCUGAUGUCUGCUUUUGCUAAAAGUUACUCCAAAGAAGAAAAGUACCUCCAGCAAAGAUUUAAAGAGAGAAUCGCUGAUAUCAAAGCCCACACAAACCCAGUCACAAAAGCCCCAGCGCCAGGAGACUCCAAGAUACCCGUCACUUUGUCCAAAGUUCAGAAUGUCCAACCUUUAUCUGAAACCUGACCCUUUCCUUAGGGGUUUUUUUUUUUGUUUCUCACUUGUAGAUCACUAACUGGAAAAUACCAGCUGUUGUUGGCAUAGGUGUGAGUCAGUUCCAACAUCCAGUGCUCUGCUAUACAAACACACACAGCUGAUGGGGGAAGCUGCUC